AUGGAUUACUUAGUGCUGUGGAGGAGAGGUUGUGGGGUGGAGUUACUCUUGGUGCUGUGUGGCCUGGAUCUCUCUCUGCCCUGCCCUCGCCACUGCAUCUGCUACACUUCACCUAGCACCGUCUCCUGCCAGGCCCACAACUUCCAUGCCGUGCCCGAGGGCAUCCCCGCCCAGAGCGAGCGCGUCUUCCUGCAGAACAACAAGAUCCAGCGGCUGCUUCGCGGCCACUUCUCGCCCACCACCACUAUGUUGUGGCUUUACUCCAACAACAUCUCCUACAUACAGCCGUCCACCUUCCACGGCUUCGAUCGCCUGGAGGAGCUCGACCUUGGGGACAAUCGGCACCUGAAGGCCAUCGCCUCAGACACCUUCCUGGGUCUGGGUAGGCUACACGCCCUGCACCUAUACCACUGUGGCCUGAUCAGCCUGCCUCCAGGGAUCUUUGCGGGCCUCCAUAAUCUUCAGUAUCUCUACCUACAGGACAACCAGUUAGAGUUCCUGGAGGACGAUCUGUUCAUCGACCUCCUGAACCUCAGUCAUCUCUUCCUGCAUGGUAAUCGACUAUGGAGCCUUAGCCAGAACACUUUCCGUGGUCUGGGGGUCUUAGACCGCCUGCUUCUCCACCAGAACCAAAUCAAGUGGGUUGACCGCCAGGCUUUCCACGACCUGCGACGCCUCACCACCCUUUACCUGUUUAAUAACUCCCUAACUGAGCUAUCUGGUGGCAGCUUGACUCUACUGCCGGCCCUGGAGUACCUACGACUUAAUGACAACCCCUGGGAGUGUGAUUGCAAGGCCCUGUCACUUUGGGAUUGGCUGCGGAGGUUCAGAGGCUCCACCUCCUCACUGAUAUGUGUUUCACCACCAGAGCUUGCGGGGAAGGACCUAAAAAUGGUGAAGAAAGAGGAGCUGCCCAGUUGCUUGUCAGGUGAGGGUCAUGCACAUGGUGCCCCAGGCGGGGAGAUGGAGCAUGGAGAGUCUUUGAACCACCUGAAUCGUCACAGAAACCAUCACAACCACCAUGAGAAGACGUACUUGCUACACGGGGACCAGUACAGCUUGCCUUCACCCUCGCCCCUGCCACGGCCACCUAAGGGAGGCCGCAGAAACUGCACCCGCCGGGGCCGCAAGGCAAAAGGGGGGCUCAAUGAUGUGCAGGUACUACGGGAGGAGGGUGAGAAAGACUACACUCCAGAUGGAGGUAAAUAUGACCUAUCUGCAACUGCAAGGAGGAAGAACAAGUGCAUCCCCAGAACUUCUGUUGGCCCACCAAGUGGGGUCCAAAGAGCCAAUAAUAAAGCUGGGUCACUCCUUGCAGAUUAUAUUUUCUGUUUACCAUCAGCUCUGCUGCUGUCACUCAUCUCUGUGAUCCUACGCUGA